AUGCAGUUUAUGGGCUGUAUGGGCAGUAUGGGCAGUAUCGGCUGUAUGGGCUGUAUGGGCAGCAUAGUCUGUAUGGGCAGUAUGGGUUGUAUGGGCUGUACGGGCUGUAUGGGCAGUAUGGGCAGCAUAGUCUGUAUGGGCAGUAUAUGCUGUAUGGGCAGUAUCGGCUGUAUGGGCAGUUUCGGCUGUAUGGGCUGUAUGGGCUGUAUGGGCAGUAUGGGCUGUAUGGGCAGCAUAGUCUGUAUGGGCAGUAUGGGCUGUAUGGGCAGUAUAGGCUGUAUGGGCAGUAUAUGCUGUAUGGGCUGUAUGGGCUGUAUGGGCUGUAUGGGCUGUAUGAGCAGCAUAGUCUGUAUGGGCAGUAUGGGCUGUAUGGGCAGUAUAGGCUGUAUGGGCAGUAUAUGCUGUAUGGGCAGUAUCGGCUGUAUGGGCUGUAUAGGCUGUACGGGCAGUAUCGGCUGUAUGGGCUGUAUGGGCUGUAUGGCAGUAUGGGCUGUAUGGGCAGCAUAG